AUGAUAAGUCGGGACGAGAGCGAAAGCUCUCUCGAAGCUCGUGCUCUUGCACAAUUUGACAGCCUGGUCGAAAAAGGUGAGGUGUUCUGGGAGCCUACGGAAGAGAUUCGCUAUGAGCAGAAGCCAUUCGAUGUCUACUUCCGCAUCUCCCCAAUCACAAACGCCAAACCAUACAACCCCAACGACAAAUCUCGAAAACCAGGUUUUCUCGACGACGACCCAGAAUUUACAUUAUGCAAGGUCGCGCCAAACCACAAAUUGAUCCUCAACAAGUAUUGCUGGUUGCGGCCUCAGCUGAUCUUGCAUACGCUUGAUUUCCAGAGUCAGAAGGAUAUGCUUACGCAAGCUGAUUUCCAUGCUGCUAGUGAGGUAUUGAAGCAGUUGGGGGAUCGGUACAUGAUUAUCUUCAAUGGUGGUCCGGAUGCAGGGAGUAGCGUGGCGCACAAGCAUUUGCAGGUGUUUCCGAGGCCGGAGCGGAGGACUGUGGUUGAAGAUCUACUUGAGAACCCAGAGCUCAUGUUGCCAUUUAGGUACGAGCUUGCCAAGCUAGAUGAAAACACCAAAAGUGAGGAUAUCUACAACCACUACAAAUCGAUGUGCAACAAGCUCGCAAUCUCCAAUGGCACUCCACAAAGCCUCGUUCUGGUCAAAGAAUGGCUCAUCGUCCUCCCACGAACGUGCGCAACGAUCAAAGGCGAAAUUGAAGGUGCGCUUAUGCAGGGCGGUGCCAAUGCCAUGAUUGGCAUGCUAUGGCUGAAGACGCCUGAGCAGUUCGAGAAUUGGAAGAAGUACGGCCCGAUGAAGGUGCUCACGGAGUUUGGGGUUACGACAAAGACAGACUGA